AUGAAAAGCAAUAAAGAUUCAAGAACAUCAUCAAAGAGAUUACUUAAAAAGUCUCAAACUAAUUUACAUAAUUCAACAACAUCAAUUAUAGCAGGAAAACCAACAACCACUGUCAUAAAUAUAACAAGAACUCUACCACAAACAUUCAAUUUAAUACCACCUCAAAAUGAACUAAUCCUAAUUCCAAUCAACCUGACAAAAUCCCAUUUCAUAGAUGCUUACUCAAAGGGAAAAUGGAAUCUAUCAAAAGUUCCAUGUCCACCAUGCAUAGAAGACACAGGAUACAUGAACCCUCCAGAAUCAUAUAGCGAACCCACCCGUCUAAACCAAGUUCACAAAUACUUGGACCUCCCUCAUUGGCAUGAAUCGCACUUAUUCAAAAAAACCAUUUCAAAACUCCGGAAAACAUUCCAAAUCCCCGGCGUGGCCAUUUCAUUAAUCGAUACCCAUAAAUGUCAUUUCAAAAUUGAGACAGUGCUAGAUAUGAAAGAUGUUCCCAGAAGUGUUGCUAUUGAUUCCCAUGCGAUUUUGUCAUCGGGAUAUUUUUGUUUAUUGGAUGCAAGUAAAGAUUGGAGAACUAGACUGAAUCCAUUGGUUACAGGGUUACCUAAUCUUAGGUUUUGGUGUGGGGUUCCGUUGUUGGCAAAGACAAGUAAUGGGACUGGGGUUGUGAUUGGGAUAUUGUCGAUAUUUGAUAGUUUCCCUAAGGAGAAGUUUUCAGAAGAGAAUUGUAAGAUAUUACAAUCUGUGAGUCGGGAGAUUAUGACGACGUUGAAUUGUCAUAUUGAGGAAGUCAGGUCACGAUUAGCGAAACGAUAUCUUGCCAGAAGUUUAGAUCGGGGUGGGGGUGGUGUUGGGCCGAACAAUAAUGAAUUGAGUAAUUUGAGGGAUCAGAUUGGAAGACCUACAAGUUCUAGAUCCUUAUUGAUAUUUGAAAAAGAUGGAAGUGGUGGUCCAUAUCUCCAGAAUCAAAAUUUCAGAUUCCUAAAAUAUAACAAUACUCAUAAUCAUCAUUAUAAUUCAAAUAAUUCAAAAUCUGCCAAUGAUGGAGGAAUAAAUGAGAAACAAUUAUGGGAUACUUUAUUUUCAAUAGGGUCAUUAAAACAAGCAGCCAAUUCCCUUUCAAAAAUCAUAGCAACAUCAUAUGGAUUCGAAUUUGUAUAUAUCCUAGAAAUACGAAUUGCUGAACCUUAUCAAAUCCCCAAAGAAUAUUUCCCCCAUAAUGAAACUAAAAUAGAAGCCGAGAAUUAUCGAUAUACCAAUAAGAUGAUCAAAACCAAAAAUACCCAUGACGAAUUUAUGACCCGUGUGAUCGGAGUAUAUCAAACCACAAACGCCCCAACUAGUCCUAACUCCACUAAUACUCAUCAUUUCGAGAAUCCGCUUCAUUACAAGGCAUUCAUAAAUGAAUUCGGAGUCGAAUAUAAAAAUCCAAAAUUAAACACGGUAUAUAAUCGAGGAUUGUUGAUUCCGUUCUAUAGACAUAAUUCAAGAAUAGUCAGGAGGUCAAGUGAUAAAGAUAAGAGAUUUGUUGAUGUUUAUUUAAGGAGUGGAGGAUAUUUGAUUGGAAUGUUUUCUGAAACUAUAAAUACUAAGAUUGAUGAUGAUAUGGUGUCGAAUAUUUUUACUCAUGUCAGUAUGUAUAGAAAGAUAUAUAUAUCUGCUUAA